UGUCUGUCUCGCUCUCACAGCCUGUGCCAGCUGAGUGCCUCUCUGCUAUUCCUUUAUGCAUCUGCCAUCCGGACUUACUGGAAACCCUCAUCUUCCAUGUGACUGGCACAGCAAUGGGCACGUUGGGAUUUUGUAAAUGGACUACUUUACAGCCCACUGGCCCUGCGAUGACUUUUAUACUUGGGAUGUUGUUAUGGAAAGUGACACAGUCAAGAGGUGCUUCAGACAACUUCCAGAGGUUUUCAGCAUCUUCAACAUAUCUCCCAGUGAACUAUAGAAUUGAAAGUGUAGAUACUAGUUUCCUUUUAAAGGAGAGCAACCAAGACUUUAUGAGGAACUCAAGUUUGCAAUCUAGAGUCGAGUCAUUUUUCAUUCAAAAAGCAAGAAGACCACCAAUACUGAAUGCUAGUUAUGGACCUUUUUCUUCAGAGCGAGACAUUUCAGAAGACUUAUUAUCAACUUCCCGUCUGUUUGGGAACAACAAGUUUACUUUUAACUGGGUACUUAAAGCAUAUAUCAUCAACGAAAAGGUUUAUCCCAACAAACCUAAAGUCAAAGUCUUAUUUUACAUUGCAGGCAGAGAUUGGGAUGAUUAUAGUGCCACUGAAAAACUUCCUUGCCUAAGAUUGUUUGCAUUUAGGGAGACCAGAGAAGCUAAAGGAAGCUGUAGGUUGCAAGGAAUUCUAGGAUUCUGUGUGGCAGAACUGGAGUUCCAGCCAUCUUGGUUUAGUUCUCCCCCAGUGGUUGUGGGGCGUAAGAGAAAUCCUGAGCAGUCUGACGGUAUCCCUGUGGAACUUUACUACAAUAUCCAUUUAGAGGAAGAGAAAACAGAAUGUACACCUGAGGAAACUAGAAAAGGAAAUGCAAUUCGACAAGGCAAAGACACAACGGAAGAUGUUUUGUCUCAUAUACAAAGAAUCGGCACAAUCAUUUUGUACCGUGUGCCAGAAAAUUCCCAGGUGACUGAACUCAGGUUGGAUAACCAUGUUGCCCUCUGGCUGCCAUCGAAGCCAGCCAAGCAAGGAGAGGUGUUUAAAGUCUAUGUCACUGUUGCUAAUAAUUCAACACUGGAUCAGUUUACUUUAAGAGCCAAGGUGAAGAAAGGUGUCAACAUUUUGAAUGUGAAGAUCAGUGACCCCCUGCAGUGGGACAUUCAGCAGGAGCUCGGGAAUGGAGGCAAACACUCAACCACUGCAGUGAUCUGCCAAAGAAUAGGACCAAGCCCCAGGAGCAGGAAUAACAGCCUGUUCAAUGAGGUCGUACAGAUGAACUUUGAGAUCACCAGCUUUAGUAGUCUGUCUGGGACACAGCCGAUCUCAUGGCAGGUGGAGUAUCCUGGAAAAGGGGCAUCUGAUAUUAUACUGUCCGAAAUCUUCAUUAGCCAGAAGGACUUGGUUGGAAUUGUUCCUCUGUCCAUGGACACGGAGAUCCUGAAUACAGCCAUUCUCACUGGGAAGACAGUGGCGGUGCCCAUUAAGGUGGUUUCAGUGGAGGAAAAUGGUUAUGUGUCAGAUAUUUCUGAGCUGGUGGAGUGUAAGUCCACAGAUGAAGAUGUUGUAAAAGUUUCAGAGAGAUGUGACUAUGUUUUUGUCAACGGGAAGGAAAUGAAAGGCAAGGUCAAUGUGAUGGUGAACUUCACAUAUCACUAUCUGAGCGCACCUCUGCAGAUAACCAUCUGGGUGCCUCGGCUGCCUCUCCAGAUAGACAUAUCUGACACUGAGCUCAGUCAAAUCAAAGGAUGGAGGGUACCCAUCAUUGCAAAUAGAAGACCCACAAGAGAGAGUGAUGAUGACGAAGAGGAUGAACGCAGAGGAAGAGGGUGCUCUCUCCAAUACCAACAUGCAAUGGUCCGUGUUCUUACCCAGUUUGUGGCUGAAGACCCAGGUCCUUUAGGACAUCUCGUGUUCUUGUUGGGUGCCGACUGGCAGUUUGAUGUAACCGAUUUGGUAACUGACUUCAUGAAAUUGGAAGAGCCUAAUAUUGCAAAGCUGCAAGAUGGGAGGCUGCUGAUUGGACGGGAAGUUGGAAUGACAACAAUACAAGUGAUGUCCCCUCUUUCGGAUUCCAUCCUGGCAGAAAAGACAGUGACAGUACUGGAUGACAAAGUGACAAUAACAGACCUGGGAGUGCAGAUUGUCUCAGGACUGUCACUCCAUCUUCAAUCUAGCACAACAAAUAACAAGGUUAUUGUUGCAACUUCCAUGGCUCAGGAACUGCUUCACAAUCCCAAACAGGAAGCUGUGGUUAGUACGUGGAUACAGUUUAGUGAUGGCCUGGUAACACCUCUAGACAUCUAUGAUCCUAAGGACUUUUCCAUCUCUGCCACAUCAUUGGAUGAAUCCAUUGUGUCAACUUAUCAGAGCAGUUUACAGAAAGGGCCUGUUGUCAUAGCAGAAGGGGAAGGACAAGGACCAUUGGUCAAAAUUGAUAUGAUGAUCUCGGAGGCGUGCCAAAAAACAAAGAGAAAAAGCAUUCUUGCUGUGGGCCAUGGUUACAUUAAAAUAAAAUUUGGACAGAAUGAUGCAAAUUCUGGGGCUGUGAGUGAGAAUGGUGAAGAUGAAAUUGAAAAUCACGCAAGUGACCGUAGGCAGAAGGUGUCAGACCAUGAACGUUAUGGUAAUGAUGGAAGGUAUGAUGGCUCCUUCUUGGAACGGGACAAGAGCGCCAUACGAAAAAGCAGUACUACAGUUAGGUCAGUAUUAAUCAGUAGAGUGGAUGGAAGUAAGUAUUCUGAUGACAGUCCACUGCAAAACAUUCCAAUAGACUUUACCAAUUUUCCUGCUCAAGUUGACUUGCCAAAAAACAAUGGAGAAAUAGAAGAUAAUGACCUUGUUCAUGCUUCUAGAGGACUAAGUGAUCUUGAGAUUGGAAUGUAUGCAUUGCUUGGUGUAUUCUGCCUUGCCAUACUAGUCUUCCUAAUAAACUGUGCAACCUUUGCCCUUAAAUAUCGACACAAGCAGAUACCAUUAGAAGGACAAGCUAAUAUGACACACUCACAUGACUGGGUGUGGCUUGGUAAUGAAACAGAGUUAUUGGAGAGUACACCGGACUUCUCUCCACAGCAAGAUGAACAUACCACUAUCAUAGAUAGAGGAAUAAGCUUGGAAGAGAGCCAGCACCUUUUCAAUGGCAGUACUCAGAAGAAUGUGCAGAGCCAGAUACAUCGAUCAGCAGAGGAAAAGGAAAAAGCUUCAAAAGAUAAAAAAUCUGAACCUCUACAUUCCCCAACAUCCAAGAGGAAGCGGGUUAAAUUCACCACCUUUACCACUAUCCCAGCUGAUGAUGGUUGUCCAACAGUGAACUCCUUAUUGACAUCUAAUGACGAUGACAUUAAAUGGGUGUGUCAGGAUAUGGACUUAGGGCAGUCCAAGGACCUCCAAAAUUAUAUACAGAAGUACAAAGAAUAAAUAACUUUUAUGUGGUUGGGGAUGAUUUAAUGACAACUUUUUGAUGCCUUCUGGGUUUUUUUAAGUCAUACGUACAAUGACAAGAACCUCUGGGUUCCUCAAAGAAAAUACUUCCCAUAAUUUAAAGGUGCCAUAUUAUGUGUGAUGUGUGAGGUCAUGCAAUGAUUUUAAGGGGGGGGGAUCACAUGGAUACAAAGAACUCACACAAAUAUUCAAGAAAGAGACAAUAAAAAAUGUCUGUUGUGAUAAAGGAGGUUUCUUAAGAAAAAAGGAAAAUAUGAAAAACAAGUAAGAAAUAUCAGUGAAAAAAUAAGUUAUUUUAUAUUUCUAAGAAAAUGUAAUUGAAGGGCAGGAACAUAUUUUUCACAUAUUUGGUCUAAUGAAGAUACUCUUCUGCAUACCAUGUAGAUGAUUUUAGAAGUCAGGCUAGGGGGAAGGAACACGUUGCGAUGCUGGUAUGGGAAGGACAUAUUUUAUCUGGUGGUUUAAAUCUUAUACGAUAACUAAACUACAAAAAUAGUUUCUCCCCCAAAGUAUUAACAAGUAUUUAUUUUACUUGUGUUUUCUUGUGUAAUGUUUUGCACAUCAGCAUACUUCUCCAAAAUACAGUAUGGUAUUAUGUUUUAUGGCAAACAAAGAUACUGAGUUAUGGAGAAAUCAUUUACGAUUGCAUACUCAUACAGGCAUUCAUGGAGAAAUAUCAAGACCACUGAACUGUAUGUGUUGUACUGCCAAUGCUGAAAUAAUUUUAAAAUAAAAUACAUCUAAUUUAA